AUGGCGUCUGCAUCUGCCACCGGAAAGCUUUCCAGGGAAGAGUUCAGGCGACAGAAAGACCUCGAUGCAGCUCGUAAGGCGGGUACUGCGCCUGCAGCCGUAGACGAGGAGGGAAAAGCGAUCAAUCCCCACAUUCCCCAAUACAUCGCGCAAGCUCCAUGGUAUCUCGACACCGGCGCCCCCUCCCUCAGCCACCAACGUAUUCCCGAGUACGACCGCUCCGCCGACAAGCUCGACAAUUGGUACGACCGUGGGGCCAAGGCAGGCCCGGCGGCGAAGAAGUACCGCAAGGGCGCAUGCGAGAACUGUGGGGCGAUGACGCACAAGCGGCAGGACUGCCUCGAGCGGCCACGACGGCGGGGCGCGAAGUUCACAGGCAGGGACAUCGCCGCGGACGAGGUGGUCCAGGACGUGGCGAGCGGGUACGACGCGAAGCGGGACCGGUGGAACGGGUACGACCCCGCGCAGCACAAGCAGGUGUACGACGAGUACGAGGCGGUCGAGGCGGCGCGGCAGAAGCUCCGGGAGGACGAGAUCGACAAGCGGACGACGACGGACCUCGCGGCGGUGCGGCGGGUGGCGAAGGCGGGCAAGGAGAAAGCGGAGGGCCGGGACGACGACUUUGGGAGCAGCGAGGACGAGGACGAGGACACGGACAAGUACGCGGAGAGUGCGGACGCGGUGGGCCAGAAGCUGGACACGAAGACGCGGAUCACGGUGCGCAACCUGCGUAUCCGCGAGGACACGGCGAAGUACCUGCUCAACCUGGACCCGUCGAGCGCGCACUACGACCCGAAGACGCGUUCCAUGCGUGAUAACCCGCUGAAGGGGAUCUCUGCCGAAGACGCUGUGUUCGCUGGCGAGAACUUCCUUCGGUACUCUGGCGAGGCUUUCGAAGUACAAAAGCUGCAACUGUUCGCGUGGAACGCUGCCGCGCGAGGGAACGACGUUCAUGUGAACGCCAACCCAACGCAAGGACAGCUGCUCCAUUCACAGUACAUCAAGAAGAAAGAGGAGCUCAAGGAUACAACGAAAGUCAGCAUCCUUGCGAAGUAUGGUGGAGAAGAGUACCUGGAGAAGGCCCCGAAGGAGGUGCUGCAGGGUCAGACGGAGGAGUAUCUGGAGUACUCGCGCACGGGUCAGGUCAUCAAGGGGAAGGAGAGGGCGAAGAUGAGGUCAAAGUACCCAGAGGAUGUCUUCGUCAACAAUCACACCGCGGUGUGGGGUUCGUGGUACGACCUCGCAUCCGGGACGUGGGGCUACGCAUGCUGCCAUUCUGCUGUCCACAUGUCAUACUGUACCGGCCUCGCCGGUAUUGAAGCUGCGGAAGCUUCUAGUGCCCAGAAUCUCCUGGCAUCCUCAUCAAAGCCUCCCGAGUCGUCUAUGCCACCACCGCCAGUGCCGACAGACAGCGCGGAGGAGCGGAAGAAGAAGGCGGAUGAGCUGUUCUCGAAGCGGCGGCUGGGCGAGGGCGAGGUGGCGCUGGACAAGGAGAAGCUCGCGCAAGCCGUGAACGAGGAGCGGAAGCGGAAAGCUCGCGUAGGCGACGACGACGACCGAGGCGGCAAGAAGCAGCGCGGCUUUGGGGGAUCGACGAGCUAUGAGGUCUCGGAAGAAGAGCUCGAGGCCUACCGGAUGAAUCGGCGGAUGACGGAGGACCCGAUGGCGAACUAUGUGGACUCGGAGGUGUGA